CCCGCUGGAUUUAGAGCAGUGUUCCCUCAAAGUGCUGGAGCCAGAAGGAAGUCCCAGCUGGAGUCUCCUGAAACUACUGGGAGAUCGGGGUUGCACUGUGGUGGAGCUUGUGGAGUUCUUGCAGGCCCUGGAGCAUACAGAGGCUCUUCAGUGUCUCAGCCAUUCAGGUAUAAAGAUUGUUGUACAGCCAGACUCUCAAGCAGUGCUCUCUGGUCAGGUCGUCAAGCUAUGUUGUUGGGCAACAGGACACCCAUUUGUGCAUUACCAGUGGUUCAAACAGGAAAAAGAGGUUCCCCAUGGCAAUUCUCCAGAGCUGGUUUUGAAUCCAGUGAAUGUAAACGAUUCUGGCUUCUACAUCUGUCGAGUGAACAGUGAAUCUUCCUUUGUGUUCAGUCGGUGGGCACGACUUGAAGUUUGUGAUCUCCAGGGUACAUCUCAUGGGAGCUUAAUUGGUUUGCCUGAAAACAAGUUGCGCAUUUGCAUUCAGCCUCAGUCACAAAACCUGACAGUGGGCGAUGCUUUGGUACUAGAAUGUGGAGCUGUUGGAAACCCAAUUCCUCAUUACCAGUGGUUCAGAAAUGGAUUUCCCUUGGCAAAUGGGAGCAAAAAUAUCUACAUGGUAACUUACGUGGAUGUGGAACAUCAAGGGACAUAUUGGUGUCACGUAUUCAAUGACCGGGAAGAUCAAGACAGCAAGAAGAUAGAAGUCGUUAUAGAAGAUCUAAGUGACCUUCAAAAACCAGCAACAGACAAGGUAGCUCUGUUAAUAGGAAAUAUGAGCUACUGGAAUCACCCCCAGCUCAAGGCUCCGAUGGUAGAUGUCUAUGAAUUGACCAAUUUGCUAAGACAGCUGGAUUUCAAAGUUGUUUCUUUGCUGGAUCUUACUGAGUCUGAGAUGCGAAAUGCAGUGGAUGAAUUUUUACUUCUCCUGGACAAAGGAGUAUAUG